CUCUCACCUCACACACACCAGUCCACCGCACGGCAGCGCCACCGCGGCCGCAGAAGCAGAUCAACCAUGAAGCAGUGGAAGUCCCUCAUCGCGCUGCACUCCUCAGCGCCGUCCUGCUUCCCGCAGCCGCCGUCUCCGUCGCCGUGCCCCUCGCCUCGGAGGGAUCCGCCGGGGGAGGAUGGCAGGAAGCUCCGGCCGGAGGAGGAGUGGCAGGGGAAAGGAAAGGCGGUGAGGCUGGUGGGGUGCGACGGGCAGGUGCGGACGUACCGGCCCCCUUUGACGGCGCGGGAGCUGAUGCAGCAGCACCCGCGUCACCUGGUGUGCCGCGCCGACGCGCUGCUCAUCGGGGAGAAGAUCCCGGCCGUGGCGCCCGCCGAGGAGCUGCAGCCCGGGCAGGCGUACUUCCUCCUCCCUGCUCACCUCUUCCGAUCCGUCCUCUCCUUCGUCUCCCUCGCCUCCUCGCUGCUGCUGCUCCUCUCCGCCGCCGGCAACGACAAGAACGGCAAGAGCGGCAAGAACCGGCCGUUCGAGCUCCACCGCACCGACUCCGGCACGCUCCAGAUCAAGUUCUCCGACGACUUCCUGGUCGGCUCCGACCCCGACGCGGCCAACAAGGACGACGCCCAACAGCCCAAGAAGCCCGCGGUGCUGCGCGGGGACGAGCGGCUGGAGAAGGAGUACGAGGAGCUGGUCGGGUACGGCAAGUCCCGGCGCUGGGCGCCCAAGUUGGAGACCAUCCAAGAAGUCGUCGUCGUCGCCGCCGCCGCCGGUGAAAAGGGCGCGGAGAGGAGGAAGAGCAGGUCGCUGCCGUUCCUCGGGAGGCUCGGGAGCCGGAGGCGGCGGGACGCUUGCGGCAAUGGCAGCGCGGUGGCGUGCUCCGGCUAGGACUAGGCUCCGGGAGGGUGAUUAAGGUGCCGGAUUUAGCUGAUGAUGCAGUAGUGAUGCCGCCGCGUCCUCAUUUGUAAUUACAGGAAAGUCGAAAUUUUGGUGCUAAUUUGUAAGUACAUGGCAACUUUUCCUCUACAGUUUCUUGUGCCA